UCCCCUCUCUAUUUACUUCCCUUCUUCCCAACCCUCUUCUCUCUCCCCCUCAAGUUUUCCAGUUCCAGAUUUCAUUUCAUUCAUGGAGAUUGACAAUGGGGUUGUUGCCAUGGUCGACAUUCUCUCCGAGGAUUUCGACCCCACCGCCGUCGUCGCCGAGCCUCUCCCUCCCGUCGUCACCGGCGACUCCAACGGCGAUCUGAUCGGAAAGGUCGCCGAGGAUCUCAAGGGCCGGAAGAGAGAGAUCGUCCUCGGCCGGAACGUGCACACCACGUGCCUCGAAGUCACCGAGCCCGACGCCAACGACGAGUUCACCGGCGAUAAGGACGCCUACAUGGCCGGCGUCCUCGCUCGCUACCGCAAGACUCUGAUUGAGAGGACCAAGCACCAUCUAGGGUAUCCUUAUAAUCUGGACUUUGACUAUGGAGCUCUGAGUCAGCUGCAGCAUUUCUCCAUCAACAAUCUCGGUGAUCCGUUUAUUGAGAGCAACUAUGGAGUCCAUUCGAGACAGUUUGAGGUCGGUGUUCUUGAUUGGUUUGCUCGGUUGUGGGAGAUUGAGAAGAAUGAGUACUGGGGUUACAUCACCAAUUGCGGUACCGAAGGAAAUCUUCAUGGAGUUUUAGUAGGGAGAGAAGUGCUUCCGGAUGGGAUUCUGUAUGCUUCGAGGGAUACGCAUUAUUCGAUAUUUAAAGCGGCAAGAAUGUAUAGAAUGGAAUGCGUAAAGGUUGACACUCUGAUGUCUGGUGAGAUUGAUUGCGCCAAUUUUAGAGCUAAGCUUCUUGCUAACAAGGACAAACCAGCUAUCAUUAAUGUUAACAUAGGAACAACUGUUAAAGGAGCUGUGGACGAUCUGGAUCUUGUCAUAAAAACCCUUGAAGAAUGUGGAUUCAAUCAUGAUCGGUUCUACAUUCACUGCGAUGGAGCCUUAUUUGGACUCAUGAUGCCUUUUGUCAAACUUGCACCAAAAGUUUCUUUCAAGAAGCCCAUUGGAAGUGUGAGCGUUUCUGGUCACAAGUUUGUAGGAUGUCCGAUGCCUUGUGGUGUUCAGAUAACAAGGCUGGAGCACAUUAAUGUCCUUUCAAAUAAUGUAGAAUACCUUGCUUCAAGGGAUGCGACAAUCAUGGGAAGCAGGAAUGGCCAUGCUCCUAUUUUCCUAUGGUACACCCUCAACAGAAAAGGUUACAAAGGGUUCCAAAAAGAAGUUCAGAAGUGUCUUCGAAAUGCUCACUACUUGAAGGACCGUCUUCGUGAUGCUGGGAUCAGUGCCAUGCUGAAUGAGCUAAGUAGCACAGUUGUAUUUGAGCGGCCUCAAGAUGAGGAGUUUGUUCGUAGGUGGCAGUUGGCUUGCCAAGGAAACAUUGCACAUGUUGUGGUGAUGCCAAGUGUGAACAUUGAUAAAUUGGAUGAUUUCUUAAACGAACUAGUUGAAAAACGCUCAACUUGGUACAAGGAUGAGAAAGUUCAGCCUCCUUGUAUUGCAGCUGAUGUAGGGACUCAGAAUUGUCUUUGCGGGAAGCACAAGUGAUUCAUUUAUUUUAGCACUGUGCUGUUGUUGUAUUGUAGUACUUUGUUCUAUUUAACUCCUUCAUUUUGUAGUUCUUAGUAUUGUUUCAGAAGGUGUUUCUCCCUUUGUUCUUAUGAUUCCUCCCUUGUCUUCUGAUUCCUGCUCUCUUAGAAUCUGUCAAGAAUCUUGCUGUACCAGGGGAGUGCUUUAUAGUGGUUCAACUAUUACUUGUUGCGCAUAAUGCAAGAUUUUGAUUCAGUCACACAAUUGUGCCCUUAA